AUUUUAUUAUCAUCCAGAUGUAGAGGCUCUUGAAACCUAUUCAGAUAUAACAGCCUGUCUUGUAGAGAAUGGAAAAUGCAAGAUCGGAUUGUUCGGCUGAUGAAGACCUUAGUUUUAUAGAAAUUUUAAGAGCUGAAGCUCAAAACCCAAUGAUAAAAAACUUCUCAAAGGAGGAUUCUAUUGUAGAUGACACAAAGGAUUUGGAAGAAUUCCUUAAUUCUCUUGAUUGAAAUCAAUGAUGAAAGAGGAAACCCACUUCAUAGUGAAAACCUCUUUUUCGACUGAUUAUAAUACAUAAACUUUUAAUCAAAAAU